GUAGAAAGAGUCAUUGGAAACAAGGAAGAAGGAUGGCACUUGUCACAAAACCAACUUCUACAGGCACUAGCAUUGAAAAUGUUACAGAUAUCACAAAUAAUUUGCCAACACUACAGUUUGAGAGUGCACUGUCAGAGGAUGAACGGUUACUUUUGCCCCUAAGGGCCAGAACUCAUGCAAUAACAGUUACAGCUUGUGCACAGGCUGCAUAUUUUGUAUCCAUUCUCAAUGAAGUCAGACAAAUAAAAGCAGAAUUGCGACACCCGAAACAGAAACGAGCAAAACUACUGCAAGAGACCAUUCCACGUGACCCUAUUCUUGUGGGAAUCAUAGGAUGUGGCAGAUUAGGCACUCACUUGGCUCAGAUGUUACUCACGUAUGGCGAGGUCCAACCUCAGGAACUGAAAAUAUCUACUAGAAGACCAGAAACUCUAGUGGAGCUCCAAGACAAGGGUGUCAAGUGUUUCCAUGACAACGUACUGCUUGCCUCAUCUGUACAUCUUCUUUUCCUCUGUGUACUUCCCGCUCAGCUACCAAGCCUUGCUGAAGAAAUCAAGCCCCAUAUAUCCACACGUUGCACAAUAUAUAGCUUCGUUAAUACAAUCCAUACAGAAAAACUAAAACAAUUAUUAAACUUCACAAACAUUGUGAAACCAGAAUUCACUUGGACUGAAGACAACUGCAAUACAGCGUGGGAUUAUACAUGUAGUGUAUGUGCCAGUAUGGAAAACGCUGACACUGUGAGAAAAACAUGUCCACUUACACAAGAUAAAAAUGCUUGUCCAAUACAGACCAGUGAUAAGCUGCCCGAGUUGUUGGUGUACGCUUUCAUUAAUAUGUGUACUACACUCAGACUGACUAGGAGUGAAAUUGUGGACCUCAUCAAUGGAGUCGUACUUGGUAUCACGAGUCAUGACAUUAAAGGCAUUGUGGCUGAUGACAUAACAAGGGUAGCUGUAGAUUCUGCAGGGUUGUUCCCAAAGUUUGACCUCACCCAAGUUGCUGUCAAAGAGACCUCUCUAGGAAAGAAACUCAGCCAAGAUAAAGAAAUAAGACAUUCUUACAUCACAAGAUACUGUACCUUAUUUGAACAAUAUCUACAUUGGAAAAAUUUUGGAAAGACAGAAUAACAAUGAUAUAUGCCUACACCUAAAAUGCAAUAUUAAAUCUAUACAUGUAGUUUUGCAUUAUCUUAAAUGUACAUGCAUAUGUAGUGCAUGUAUACUGGUAUAUGUUGUAUUUUUAAUGAUUAAACUAAAAAGGCAAAAAAUAAAAAAAAUGCGUAAAUUGUACGUCAAAUGCAAUAUAAAUUUAAAUUUUCUCAUUUAUUCCUUGGGAAUAACUAUGACACACAAGGCAUUAACAUGCAAAA